CGCAGCUCCCCUUCAGCCCCCUCCUCGUCUUCGCUCGUCGUGGCCCUCGGCCCCUCCUCGCCCGCGCGGCCAUGGCCCCCAAGAAGAAGGACGAGGUGCCGCAGGGGACCCCCGUGCCCGAGCUGGAGCCCGAGGUGGAGCUGCCCGAGGACCUCGGCGAGGUGGCGGAUCCGCCGUUCCACCUGGUGCUCGGGUCCCUCGCGGGCCACCGCUUCCUGGUGCAGGAGCGAGGUGCAAGCGGGUCUACAAGGACGUCCUGCACGCUGACUUCAUCGAGGGGUGCUCGCACAAGAACUCUCUGCAUCGGGUGUAUUCCCACGCCAGGAAGAAAGCCAAGGCAGAGGGCAUGGCCAAGGACGAGAUUCGUUGCGCCGGUCUUGAGGCAUACGCUGCCGCCAGGGGUCUAUAUCAGUCGGUCCACGGUUGACCGAACGCAAUCCAGGCCAGCUUCUGAGUGCUGUGCGAACGCUGUCUGGUGA